AUGUCAGCCCAUCCGCAACCGCCUCCGCAGGUGCAGCACCUGCGCUCCCUCUUUGCCAAGUCUGAGGUGGUCAACGAUCCCAAGGCCUGGGACCAGGCCUGGCUCGACAACACGACUCCCUGGGACGCCCAGGCGCCCCAGAAUGCGCUCAUGGAGCUGCUCGAUGGCCUGCACGACGACGGCUGCUUGGUGCAGGCGGCCGAUGGCGGCGCAAAGGUGCCCGUCUCGCACGUCGUGCCUAAAGGUGAAGGCAUUGCCGUCGUCCCCGGCUGCGGCAGGGGCUACGAUGCAAAGGUGUUUGCGGAGCGAGGCCUGCACGCGUUUGGCGUCGACAUCAGCCCGACGGCUGUCGCUGCCGCCAACAAGUGGCUGAAAGACCAGGGCCUCCCCAACGCCCUCUCGGAGCGGAUCUCGUUCCUCGAGUCGGACUUUUUCGCCCUGGGCACCUCUUCGUGCCCGCACGAGGCGCUAUCCAAGGCGCAGGUGGCGACGCUGGCGUACGACUACACGUUCCUCUGCGCCAUCCCGCCGUCGCUGCGCGAGGCGUGGGCGCAGACCUACACGCGGCUCGUCAAGCGCGGCGGCGUGCUGAUCUCGCUCGUGUACCCGAUCCAGGGCGACCGGCCGGGCGGACCGCCGUACUCGAUUUCGCCCGAGCUGGUGCGGCAGCUGCUGGGCGCGCAGCGCAACGACGACGGCGCGCCGGCGUGGACGGAGCUGGCGGACCUCGAGCCCAAGCAGAGCAAGGAGACGCGCGUGGGCCAGGAGAGAGUCAUGGUCUGGAGGAGAGCCUGA